AUGACGAGUCCAAAUAUAUCUUUGUUGAUAUGGUGUGAUGGCCGUAUUGUGAGUUCUCCGUGUGGAAUAGAAUACCACGGGGGUCGUCCGGUUAAUAUAGCGCUUAGCGAGAGAAUGAGUUUCGAGGAAUUACAAAAUAUUUGUAGAAGAGCAGUUUCUACCGACGGGGAAGUAGAAAUUUCAAAAAUCUACUUCCGGCUUCCAAGAAUAGUUGAGGGUGCGAUACGGUCGUACUCGUUGUUUUCUGUGGAGAAUAACGAGCAUGUGUUUGGAAUUCUGAACGAGGUCGUGCGGUAUCCGCAACUCGAGAUUUUGGAAUUGUACGUGGAAUACGAGGCCGUGGUUCGCAACAAGACUUUACUAGAUCAGUUGGUCUUAGGUGAUUCAAGCGGGUCUGAGAGGGGUAGUGGUGAAGAGGAAGAAGAGGAAGAAGAGGAUUUCUACGACAGCAACGAAGAGGAUGUCGAGGAAGACUUAGGAGCAGAUUCACAAUAUGAGUCGCAACUUCCUGAGCAUGUAAGAACGGCGGAUCUUUGCGACUUUGACGUCGCCCCGGAGGAUGAUGAAAAGAUUAUGUGGGAUCCUGGGAUGGAAUUCCGAGUAGGGAUGGUAUUCCCAAAUCGCGAUGCCGUCCGAGCUUGUGCGACUACUUAUUCGGUCGGGGUGGGAAGAGAGUUCAAGGGUCGCCGGACUACCAACUCGACAAUAGUGUUGGCUUGCAGGCAGAACCCUGUAUGUAAAUGGUGGCUGCGCGCUACACUUCUGCAAGCAACUCAGACGUGGACGUUGACAAAAUAUAUUGGCCCGCACACGUGCAAUCAGCUGUUACCUGAUCCAAACCAUCGGAAUUUUGGGUCUGUUGCAAUCGCAGACUAUAUCAAGGGUCAAGUAAAGCUGCAACGUGAUAUACGGAUCGAUACCCUCAGAGCUGGAAUUUGGCAACAAGUUGGAGUUAGGCCUCCGUAUAAACGAACCUGGAAUGCAAAGGAAAAGGCAAUAGCUGAUGUUUACGGUGGCUGGUAUGAAUCAUUUGGUAUGGUUCACAAGUUCAUGAACGAGAUGAUGCAUGUCAACCCUGGAUCUUUCUGGGAUGCAGAAGGCACUGAGGUGUACACCGACGGGAUCCUUCAGCCGAAAGUCGUAACGUUCAUCCGAAUGUUCUGGACUUUCAAACCGACAAUUGAAGGGUUUCGUUUUUGCAAGCCAGUUUUGUUCGUCGACGGUACUCAUUUGUAUGGCAAAUACAAAAUGACCUUGUUGAUCGCGUCGGCAAUCGAUGGGAACAGUCACAUCAUGCCACUGGCAUUUGCACUUGUUGAAUCUGAAAGUACUGCCAGUUAUGAGUACUUUUUUGAACAUUUGCGUGAGCACGUGAUUUGCGAAAGGAAGGUGGCCAUUAUAUCUGAUCGGCACGCUGGAAUAUUGUCGGUUCUGAAGCGUCCUGAAUGGGCCGGUGUCGCCCACAAGUUUUGCAUCAGACAUUUCUGUAGUAAUUUUCAGACCAAGUUUAGGAACAAGGUUUUGAAGAAGCUGGCGGAUAAAGCAGGCCGAGCAUAUCAGAAGCACAAGUAUAAACGCUACAUGGCAGCGAUCGAGAUUAGAAGCCCAGAAGCGUAUGCAUGGCUGACUAAGCAAGAAAAGCGGCCUAAAGAAAUGUGGACAAGGGUGUAUGACAAAAAAGGGCAACGGCACAAUGUGAUGACAACUAACUAUGCCGAGUCUGUCAACGCGACACUGAAGAAUAUAAGGGGGCUUCCGAUCACAUCAAUGCUUGAGGCAAUUUUUGCUAGAAUGCGGACCACGUGGGACCAGGCACUCUUUCGGAAUUAA